UUCUUUUAAUAGUUCACUUCAUCUUCGUCUACUUUCGUUAUCAAGGGACUUGCAAUUCAGUUUUUCUACCGUUGGAACGGGGCAAAGGCAUGUAUUGACGGUGUAGGCGGACAGGUUUGGGGCGGACCUGUAUGGAUGGACCUGGUUUUCGUACGACAACAUUUCACUUCAUCUCCUUCUGUAUCUUCUACUCCUUUUUGUCAUUACUAUCUACCGCCGAGGACGACAUGAUGAGCCACGUGGAGGAACGCCUGUAUUUUGUAUGCCGAUCACUCCCCUGUUUCCCUUCUUGGAUCCUGGGCCAUAUCACGCACUGCCAGGGCGGAAAAGGCAAGAUGAACACCAUCAUGUGGGCGGUGGCAAUCGUUCUGCUUCUACGUCCUUUUUCCAGUCCUCAACAUAACUUUACAGUCACGUCAGGUCUCAUGUUACAAGGCGUCUGUCGAAAAAUUUCAGAGGUGAAGAGAAAAGAAAGGAGUUAGACGACAUUACGUCAUCAGGCACGGAAAGUGAAAAAAGGGGGGGCGGCGGCGGCGUUUACUGGGGAUUGGUCUGUUUAGGAACGGCUGGUUUUAAAGGGGACGGCCCGCCAGAGACAUGUCUUACUUUUCGUUUAUUGGCCUAGAAAUACGAGACAAGACUCAUAUGGGACGAAGGAUGGACAAUGAGGAAUGAUCGGUUCGCUCGCAUAGAGCACG